UCCACCGUUGUAGUCGUCAAUGUUUACACUUUACAGUCUACAGUUAGUGGUGAUACUUUGGUCUUUGUUGUGAAUUUGGGAAUAUGUGUUAAACGGAUGUCACAGCAAUAGUUUCAUGUGUUUCACUACUUCUCCUUUUAUUACUCAGGGCACUUUAUGUACGAGUCGGAGUUUUAGAUUGCAUUUUGCAAUACGCAGGCAUCAAUAAGAGAGUUUAAAACUGAAUUAUCUUGUGGCAUUGACCUUGCAUUGUGUAGGAAGUGUUGUUUCGUUAUGUUAAACGCAGUCUCCUUAAGAAUCAUUUAAAACUUAGAAAAGCGUGUUUUAAAUAGAACAAAUAGUAUUGUAACACAAUUUCAUUAAUAUAGUUUGGAGUUAGAGUAAAACAUAUACAUUUGUAUGGCACAGUUGCUUAGCCACAAUGUGGUUUCAAUACAUACCCUUUAGUGACAACAUUAAAAAGAGGGCUAUCAGAUACCUUCUUCAGCGAUAUCUGGGACAGUUCUUUGAAGAAAAAUUGACUUUAGAUCAAUUGACAGUUGACUUGUACAAUGGCACUGGGUCUGUCACAGAUGUUAGUUUUGAUGUACAGGCUCUCAAUGACCUUGGAGAACAACACAAUGUACCUUUUGAAUUUGUUGAUGGGUACAUUUCAGAAAUGUCUGUGUCAAUUCCUUGGGCUUCACUUUUGACACAGUCAAGCUAUGUCGAAGUCUCUGGAAUGGUUUUGACUGUACAGCCUAAACAGAGACAGGAUUCAGGUACUUCCAUGUUUGAGUCCAUGUGGAGUUCGAUGAGCUCGAGCAUGCAACUGGCUGCAGAGUGUAUGAAACAGAACCCUCCAGCUCCAGAGGAGAAGGAAAACGAGACAAUGGAAGGCUUGGAAAUGUUUGCCAAGACUAUUGAUUCAAUUUUGAGCAGAAUAAAAGUGAAGUUUUUGAAUUCUACAAUUCGCCUCGAACAUUUGCCCAAAGGAAGCAAAACUGGAGUUGCACUUGAAAUAAAGAUAAGGCACAUGGACUAUUGUGAUGAGGCUGGGGUAGUUAAUGGUCCUAAUGGAGAAACAAACUCAUCUGCUUUUUCUGUAAACAAAUUUCAUUUUGAAGGCGUUUCUUUCCAUUCAGAUGAAUUCCCUGCUGAAUUGAGAACAUUUUCAAGAUCAUUAAUAAUUGAUAAGACACUGGAUUCUGAAUUGGACCUUUCAUUAAAAACGGAUACGAAACCAAUCAUUAUUGCUAAGCUCGGAGGCCGCCAAGAAGUGAGAUUGAAAAUAAAAAAGGGAGAGAAUAUUCAAGGACCAAAGGUCGACCUGGAGCUGAACUUAGGCUCACUCACUGUGUUCCUGUCUCCUAGGCAGCUCCACCUCUUGUUAGAACUGGUCCACGGACUGGCAGCCCCCGAUACGCAAGAUGACAGCAAUGUGGCCAGGUGUUCACAGAAACCUAUGGAGUCAGGCGACUUUGACAAAGUAGAACAACAGCUCAUGAGUCAGCUUCAGUCUGUCACCACCAGAGGUCUCCACACUCUGCAAGGCUGGUCCUCGGCACCUCUAGACGAUAGUGAUGAAGAGUUCCUGCCGGUGAGAGGAGUCUCAAACAAUCUCAGUGACUCUGUCUUUUCUGAGGCAAGAAGUCUCAAUGCCUCAUUUUCUUCAUCAUGCAGCUCAUACAGCAAAUCCAAUACCAGUGUUUCGUCUUCAACUGCUCCAGGCCAGCAAACAAGGAAGAAGAAAAAAGAGCAUAAAAGCUCUACAGAGUCUGGGGUUAGUCUUGAGGAAAGCCACUUGCACGUGAGACUGAGCAGCCUUGCUGUGGUUCUGCUGCAUGAAGAUAUACUGACAGUAUCUCCAGAAACAGGCCAACUUACACAGUCGUCCUUGCAGCAGAUGGACCAUACGGCUCAGGAGUUCUUCAACAAACUUGGCCUGUUUGCUGUUUCCGUUUAUGGAAGAAAGGAUUUUGAGGUUGCCAAACAAAUCUUUUUGGAUGCUUGUCAACUAAAUCACAUCAGACUGCUGGCAGCUCCUGUGAUCAUGGAGAGUGAUGAGAAGCGUUCUACUAGCCAGACUGUAGUGGGAGGUGUGCUCACAGCUGCCUGUGUACAACUGUUGGAGUGUCUGGUAGAGAAGGUGGCUUCUAGUACCAAACCAGAUGUGGAGUAUGUGGAGCUUUUAAAGUUUGAGCAAGCAGUGUCUGUGAGGGACAGUUCACCCAUUCAACCUGACUUGAGACUACAGUUCAGGCGCACCAGUCCAACUAGUCAAAACACUGUUCCUCGUGUCGAUAUCUCAAUUCUCCUGCAGAACUGCCAACUGGAAGUAGAUAUGUCCAUUGUAGAUAGAAUAUCAGCAGUGCUCAAUCCUCAGCCACUUUGCUCUCCUAUCAAUCCAAAACCUGGAAAUUUAGAUUUGACAGGAAUUUGUCAGCCUAUGGACCAAUACACACAGCCUGACUGUAAAUCUGACUUUAAAAUCAGCUGCCCUUUAAUCAGCAUUAAACUGAGGUUUCCUAUCCCGGACUUGCGACCCCUGUAUGAUAUGGACCGUCCGCCCUGGUGGAAGCGAAAUGUUCGCAAAGACAUUCUUUUUGCUGACUUUGAACAUCUGGUCUUCUUCACCUCGGUGGACUCGUCUGAAACAAGCUCAAGCUACGAAGUCAAGUGCAAGGCCCUCAAUGUGCUCUUUCAGGAGGGAGACACUGAUAAUAAAGUGCCUAUUGCUUAUGCUCAAACAGAAGAAAAGACCAGCCUUUCCAAUGAAAACUUGCUCAGGUUUGUGUUGAGAGUGAACCCAGCUAUGGACAUGGCAGGGCUGGAGGAGGACAUGAGCCCUGAGCUGCCCAACACUGCUGCCAGUAUGAUGCAUUCCAUGUACCAGGAGGAACCUUCCCCCUUCAGCUCCAAGAGAGUGGUACAUGAGAGUGACACACCACAUCAGUGUGAUGGCGAAGAACUCAUUAUUCCUGGUGACCGGGAAGAAAUGGAUAAAUUUAUCAAAACCGCUUCAAAAAAUACCAAACUUCAGAUUCAAAUAAGUCUUCCAAAGGCUAAUGUUCACUUCCCAUCGAAACAUAUUUAUGAAGUUGUCUACAAUAGACUCAGUACAGAUCUGUCUCUUUGGUCACCAUCACCCCAAGGCAGUGGGGGCUCUGUCUCCUCUCCCCCCCUCUCUGCCUUUGUGUCUGCUUUCACCAUGUGCAAGUCAGCUAUACAGUUUGAGUCAGAUUCAGAGUCGGAGGAUGGGGAGAACCAGUUCUACUCAGCCUGGGAAACUAAGCCUACUGGUAGGGGGACUACACAGAGCAGAGUCACUGUCAACCUCAGUGUGGGUCACGGCACUGUCAGCCUGGUCACCUCCGUCAAGAAUCCAGAUGCCAGCAGUUCCAGCAAUGGCCACAUCCAGCUGUUAGUGAAGGAAGUAGACUUGUUUGCUGUCACAGGGUUUAAAGGUGUUCCCCAGCAAAACUACAUAUGUUCACAGAUCAACAGUUUUAACCUUCUACACUGCAGUGAAAUGGCGGAAGGUAGCUGUACGUUUGAUGUGAAGAGUUUUGCACCACCAGACACCUUGUCAGGAUCCAAGGUGAUCUACAAGACAGAGGCUGGGGCAGUGGUGCGUCAACGUGGAGUAGCAGCAGACAUGCUGUCAGUGGCUGUUAGCUCUAGAGUGGACGACCGCAGAAUCAAGUUGAUGCGGGUAGCUUGUGGCAUCAGAGGUGGUACAUUGCGUCACAAAGUGACUCACUCUCACCACUCGUGGCUCAUGCAGCUACUAGACAUGUUUGAUGUCAUGGACUAUCCUGUGGCUGGCUACCAACCCUCCCAGGUCAUACUGGAGCUACAUCAACACCUCUGGGACUGUGUGGUGGACUACAGACCAGUGAAUUUGCCGAUGCGGUGUCUACUGUCUGUGGGCUCUCUGAGCAUCUCCAGCAACAUGGCCGCCAGGACUAGCUGCUCCACUCUGCGCUUCAUAGCUGAGGAUGCUUAUCUGUUCAUAUCAGACAAGACCUCGCCUACUGUGGAUAUCCGGCUUGACUACAUCUGUGUUUUGGAUCUUGGUCUGUUUGAGCUGUCGCUGCGCAUGAGUGAGAGCCCCCGUGUAGACUUGAGAGCGUCCAACAAUGUGGUUCACAUCCGCACGUGCUCAGACUCUGCCCGACUGCUGGCCCAGCUGAUCACAUACCUUGCAUCUAGUGGAGAUCUGGAGACCCCAGAGUCCCCCCCGCCACCUCCCCCCACUGGCAUACCUGGGCCCCCGUCUGACAUGAGCGCUUCUACUGUACAACGGGUUAACACUCUCAUGGAAGAUGCAAUGAUUGACGACAUCACCAAAGAAAACAGGAAGAAUAAAAGUGGUAACAGUCAGAAGCAAAUGGGAGUAGAGGUGUUUCUGUUCCCAGACGAGACUGUUCACAUAACAGCCAGUCACGAUACUCCAGUCCUGGACACAUCUGACACUGACAGUGACGAGUUUGUUAUGGUCGAACACUCUGGACUUUUGGCAGGGAACGGGAUGCCCGAGGUGAGGAUAUUGACUGCCACACCCAUCCUGGUUGUAGAGAACCACUUCUGUAAACCAACUGGCAAGACUGACUUCCUGAAGGCUCCUCCUCACUUCCCUGCCCCUACACACAAGUACACCCUGAGAGAGAUGACACUGGUGUGGCACAUGUACGGGGGCUCAGACUUCACCACCACGGUGCCAUACAAGAAACAUGUCACCAUACACACUGAGAGUGGAAGUACUCCCUCAUCACCUGCCACCAAGAGACAUGUCAACAUGAACGCCAAUUACUCAAAAACUUGCCCCCAGGAGGUGAAUUUCAACCAGCGCUACUCCUCAGAACAUUCAACAUCAGAUAACAGUGAGCACAAGUCUGAGUGGUGGACCAGAGGAGGAGUGGGUCGACAACACGACAUGCUCAUGGAGCUGCAGCUUAACAAGGUGAGGUUCCAACACGAGGUUUACCCGGACAACACGACCCAAGCUUCUCGCCAGGUGCUAUUGAUACACGAGGUGGACAUCCGUGACAGACUGGCAGUGUCUAAGAUCAACAAGUUCCUCUAUCAGUACACCAGUGAAUCCAGACCUCGCCAGUCACAUGCUAACAUGGUUGUAGUGAAAGCUACUCACCUCCGCCCAGACCCACUGUUGCCUGUACAGGAGUGCUGUCUCAGGGUCUCACUGCUUCCUCUGCGUCUCAACAUCGACCAAGACUCUCUACUCUUCCUCAUCACUUUCUCUAAUGAAAUUGCUGGCUUCUGUGAAAAAGAAGAAGAUGAGGCGUUGGUUCCUGUGUCACCUAAACACUUGCCACCAGUGAUGGGGGUGGAUGAGGACAGGUGUGCUUCCCUCCCUCCCCCCGUCCCUGCCCCUGCCACUCAGCUGCUCAUCAUGCUCAAUGACACCAGUGACACCAACGACAUCUGCGAUAACACCACCAACAACACGGAACAGGACCCAACACCAAAUUCUCCUAUAUUCUUCAGGAGGUUUGAGUUCACCCCAGAGGUGCCCAUCAGGUUGGACUACGAAGGUAAGCAUGUGGAUAUGAAGCAUGGACCUCUGGCAGGUCUGCUGAUGGGACUAGCUCAGCUCAACUGCUCAGAGCUGCGUCUCAAGCGGCUGUCACAUAGACACGGUUUGCUGGGAUUUGAGAAGCUGCUGUCCUACAUAAUGUCUGAGUGGCUCAGUGAUAUAAAGAAGAACCAAUUGCCAAGUCUGUUGGGUGGGGUAGGACCUAUGUACUCUGUCGUGCAGUUGUUCCAAGGUAUUAGGGACCUGUUCUGGCUGCCCAUCGAGCAAUACCAGAAAGACGGGAGGAUUGUUAGAGGACUACAGAGAGGAGCCAACUCAUUCACUACUUCCACAGCCAUGGCUGCUCUAGAACUGACCACUCGCAUAGUUCAUGCUAUUCAGAGUGUCGCAGAGACAGCAUUUGACAUGGUGUCACCCGGGCCAAGUGUGCGGCGGAGGAGAAACAAGCGGGGUAGCAAGUCUCGGUCCCGCUACACUCCCCCUGCUGACUUUAGGGAAGGAGUCACAAAUGCCGUUGCCCUAGUUAAGGAGGGUAUUGGAGAAACUGCGCACACCCUUGUACAGGAGGCCUUGGCAGAACAUGAAGACAAGGGAGCGUUCGGCGCCGUUGGAGGUGUGUUGCGCCAGAUCCCCCCCACCAUGGUUGCUCCAAUCAUUCUGGCGUCUGCCGCAACUUCCAACCUGUUAGGCGGCGUCCGCAGUCAGUUGGUGCCUGACGCGCGGCGUGAGGCUCAAUACAAGUGGCGUGACCAGGGCGACAAACAUCAGUAGAUUCUGUUGGUAAUAUUUUGAAAAAAGCAGAUUCUUGACACCGGUGUUAAUCUAUUUUUUUGCCAUCUAUAUCAGUUAAUUUGAUCUACUAUUCAAAUAGGUUUUAAGAUUAUGGUUAUAAAAACUUAUGGUGUUAAACAAAUUGAAGAUUUUUUGAAUAAUUUUUUAUCGAGAUGAUGGGAAGAGAAUCUUUAUAAAGCUUAAAUUGUAAUACUUAAUUGGUUCAGUCUUAUCCCACUUCAAGUAAAAGUUAUCAGUAAAACCUUUCUACUCCAUCCCAGCCUGGUCCUUAACUCUAGGUAAUCCAACCAGACUGGACAGACCUACCAAUUAAUAUACUACUUUAUAAACUGUACUUGCCCGGGUAGUUUAUCAUCAGCGUUCUGUAAAUUGUCAACUAACUUGAUGUUGAAUGUAUUAUGUUUUUUCACCUUAAGAGUUUUAUGUUUCAUGGCAGAGUAGCCUAUUUUUCACAGUAAUAUAUAGUAUGUUCUAUCGUUAUAAACGUUUUUACCAUAUCAGCUUAAUUAUCUGAUGAAAUGCAAUCAAAAGAGCCGCCAAUGGCAAUUUUUCUGAAAAAUUACAAAAUAAAUGUUGAAAAUUAUAAUGUGUUAUGAUUAUGACUAUUAUGAUUUAGCCUAAAUUUGUUGAAUACAGAAAAAAGAAAAACUUGUAGUUUCUUUUCAUUUCAUACAUUCUUUAUUUUACAAGAGUUAUAACCAAAAUGAGACGAAGUAGGGAGGUUCUGCUGUAUAAAAAUCUGUCUGCUGCUAUUAGCAUUUAAAUGCUAGAACCGUUAACUCAAAUAUAUUUUGUUUGUCAGCAAAAUUGUUAAAAUAAACAAAAAAAAUUGUGUCAUAAGACCAGAAGUAGUGAAAGUUUUAAUUUUUUAUGUCUGGAAACUUAAGUUAAUGUUUUGUGUACCAAAAUAAUUCUGACUUUGUGAAUACAAAUAUUUUGGAACAAUAUGCUUUAAAUUUGGUCGGUGACUUUAAUAUGUAAGAAUUUUACAUUUUUAUCAAAACUAUUAACUGGAAUUUUUCAAUUGUGAAAACUAUCUUUCAAUUUGAUAAUAACUUAUCAAUGAUACCUACCAUUUAUAAGUAUAAAUUUGAAGCUGUGUUAUGUUUGUGAUUAUAAAUAAUUGUAAAGUUGGUGCAAAGCGCUAAGUAUGUGUUACUCACUCACUAGUCUUGGCUUUAUCAAAAUCAAGAAACUGGGUCUUUCAAUAAUGAAGUACUGAAGAAGGCAAUAUGCUUUUUACACAACUAGUAAGAUAGCUUUUACCAAGUAGCUUUGUAGUUUUUAUAUUAUUUUUUUUCAUUGUUAGUUAUUUAGAAACAAUAAUGAUUGCGUAUAUUUAAACAAAUUAAUUUGUUUAACACAUUUUUUAUAUUUGUUCAAUACAAGUCCUUACCUUCCUGACUCUUUGAUUCAAAUAUCCAAAUGAUUCCUCAAACAACAAACACAGGUAUCCUCUGGAGUUCUGCUGACUGUAGGUUUACUACUUGUUGGUUUUACUUUCUAUUUUGUUUUGAUGAAAUAUCUGUUACUUCUUUCCUCUUCCUCUUUGUUCUUUUUCCCUGAAUUUUUAAGGCCUUCUUAAAGCUGUACCCUUUCACAUGAUAGAAUAGUGUUUCAAUUUCAAGUUUUAUAAUCUUAAAUAACUGGAUGUUGUUUAAGAUAGCUACACAGUGUUGAUAUGUUCCGAUAUUUAUAAUAUAUUUCUUCAGAACAGUUUGUGUCCAGUUUUGAAUUCUUUUUUGUAAGUUUUUACUCAUUAUAACACUGGAUGUAUAAUGUGACCACUGAGUAUUUAUACUCAAUUCUAAGGUUAUGUUGAACCAGUUAGUGGUUAAACAUGGGGUUUUGGUCCCCGAGUUCAAAUCCUGCCAAUCACCAAUGGAUCUAUGUAAGUGAUUGUGCCGCAACCCUCUAAGCCUAGUUUGAAGUUAUGUGUAAAGUAAAACGAUUCCAGACUAGAGCCUACGUCGUUAAAAUGUUAAUGGGGAAAAAGUCUAUCCUUAUGUUGGGUAAAAAAACAGUGGUAGUUUUGUAACAAUCAAAACCAAGACAUUACCAUUAUUUUUUUAUAAUAAAUCUAGUUUGACCAUUGUGUGGAAGGUUUUCCUCUGUUAUAAGUAAAUAAUAUGGAAAUUCUGUAAACAAACUUACAAUAUUUUGAUACAUUUUUAUGUACGGUAACUGAAACUAAAUGUAUUUUGUGUAUUUUUUAUGUAUAUAAACCAAAUAAAACUGUGUUCAGUUUUGGCUCUUA